GCUUCCGGCCCCGCCCGCCCCCCGCGCGGAGGACUGUGGGAGCGGCUUCCUUGGAUUCCGCGCUUGGCAACGGCUCGGCGUCGCGCUUUGGCCAACCGCCGCGUCGUCCCUGGGCCCGACUAACUGUCGCCCGCUUCCCUCAGCGUGAGGUAUAAAUGAUGCAAAAUGUGCACCUGGCUCCAGAGACAGAUGAAGAUGAUCUUUAUUCUGGCUAUAAUGACUACAAUCCAAUCUAUGAUAUCGAGGAAUUGGAGAAUGAUGCAGCUUUUCAGCAAGCUGUGAGGACUAGUCAUGGCAGAAGACCUCCAAUAACUGCUAAAAUAUCAAGCACGGCAGUUACUAGACCUAUAGCUACUGGAUAUGGGUCCAAGACAUCUCUGGCAUCAUCAAUAGGAAGACCAAUGACAGGGGCUAUUCAGGAUGGAGUUACUAGACCCAUGACAGCAGUGAGAGCAGCUGGUUUUACCAAAACAGCUUUGAGAGGCUCUGCAUUUGACCCCCUUGGUCAGUCAAGGGGCCCUGCUCCCCCUUUGGAAGCCAAGAAAAAAGAUAGCCCAGAAGAAAAAAUAAAGCAAUUAGAGAAGGAAGUAAAUGAGUUGGUAGAAGAAAGCUGUACUGCCAGUAGUUGUGGAGACUUAAAAUUGGCCUUAGAAAAAGCAAAAGAUGCGGGAAGAAAAGAGAGAGUCCUGGUGAGACAGCGAGAACAAGUUACAACUCCAGAAAAUAUCAAUUUGGAUUUAACUUACUCAGUUCUUUUCAAUUUGGCCAGUCAGUAUUCAGUUAAUGAAAUGUAUGCCGAAGCACUUAACACAUAUCAAGUUAUAGUGAAAAAUAAGAUGUUUAGCAAUGCAGGAAUAUUGAAAAUGAAUAUGGGAAAUAUCUAUUUAAAGCAAAGAAAUUAUUCCAAAGCCAUUAAAUUCUACCGAAUGGCAUUAGACCAAGUUCCAAGUGUCAAUAAGCAAAUGAGGAUUAAAAUAAUGCAGAACAUUGGAGUUACAUUUAUUCAGGCUGGUCAGUAUUCGGAUGCUAUUAAUUCAUAUGAGCACAUAAUGAGCAUGGCACCAAAUCUGAAGGCAGGCUACAACCUCACUAUCUGUUAUUUUGCUGUUGGAGACCGAGAAAAAAUGAAGAAAGCAUUCCAAAAGUUGAUUGCUGUUCCAUUAGAAAUUGAUGAAGAUAAAUAUAUUUCACCAAGCGAUGAUCCUCAUACUAACUUAGUAACUGAAGCUAUAAAAAACGAUCACCUCAGGCAAAUGGAAUGUGAAAGGAAAGCCAUGGCAGAAAAAUACAUUAUGACAUCUGCAAAACUCAUUGCUCCUGUAAUUGAAACAUCUUUUGCUGCAGGUUAUGAUUGGUGCGUGGAAGUGGUGAAAGCUUCUCAAUAUGUAGAGCUAGCCAAUGAUCUGGAAAUAAACAAAGCAGUUACAUACUUGAGACAAAAGGACUAUAACCAGGCUGUAGAGAUCUUAAAAGUGUUGGAAAAAAAGGACAGUAGAGUGAAAAGUGCAGCUGCGACCAAUCUCUCAGCCCUGUAUUAUAUGGGAAAGGAUUUUGCACAAGCCAGCAGCUAUGCAGAUAUAGCUGUGAACUCUGAUAGAUAUAAUCCAGCAGCUCUUACUAAUAAAGGUAAUACAGUUUUUGCAAAUGGUGAUUAUGAGAAGGCCGCUGAAUUCUAUAAAGAGGCUCUAAGAAAUGAUUCUUCUUGUACUGAAGCGCUUUAUAAUAUUGGCCUUACCUAUGAGAAACUAAAUCGGCUGGAUGAGGCUUUGGACUGUUUCCUGAAACUUCAUGCAAUCCUACGAAAUAGUGCGGAAGUUCUUUACCAGAUAGCAAAUAUAUAUGAAUUAAUGGAAAAUCCCAGUCAAGCUAUUGAAUGGCUAAUGCAGGUGGUCAGUGUUGUUCCAACCGAUCCUCAAGUUUUAUCUAAACUGGGAGAAUUAUAUGAUCAUGAAGGAGAUAAAUCUCAAGCAUUUCAAUAUUACUAUGAGUCAUAUAGGUAUUUUCCUUGUAAUAUUGAAGUCAUUGAGUGGCUUGGAGCCUAUUACAUUGACACCCAGUUUUGGGAAAAAGCCAUUCAGUACUUUGAAAGAGCUUCUCUUAUGCAGCCUACACAAGUGAAAUGGCAGCUGAUGGUAGCUAGUUGUUUUAGAAGAAGUGGUAACUACCAAAAAGCAUUAGAUACUUAUAAAGAUACUCACAGAAAAUUUCCAGAAAAUGUCGAAUGUCUGCGUUUCUUGGUUCGUCUCUGCACAGAUCUUGGAUUAAAAGAUGCUCAAGAAUAUGCCAGAAAACUGAAGAGGUUGGAAAAAAUGAAAGAAAUAAGGGAACAGGACAAGAUCACCAGUCACUUCUUCAAGGCCAUUGAUUUCAGAUAGUCUCGUGUUAGCCUCUCUGUUGAUUCGCUGGGAAAACAUUGAUUAUGAUCUGCCAUGCGUCUGGAGGACACAGUGAGGCCCAGGAGUUGGCCCUGGUGCCUGAGGCACUCGAGGCAGAGCUGUGGGACGGAGAGGGGAGGGUCUUCGCUCCAGAGGAGGUACUCAGAGGCAGUUCCCGGAGGGCUUGUGUUUGGAGUGGGCAUGAUUGGACACUUGGAGUUUGGGGUGGAGAGAAAAAAAUGUGGGCAGAGGUCUGAGGACAGGAAGUUAAGGCCACGUUUAUGGGUUCUUUGGAAUUGAAGCCACUAAGGAAUGUUUUUAGUUUUGUUUUGUUUUGAAUUUACAGUCAGGGCCAAUCUUCUUAAGAACCCUUAACUACGUAACAAGUAACUGCUCCUUGUUCCAUAAGACAGAAACCCAAUUCUUAGGAAGUAAAAGCAUAGUACGGUGGACGGAACCCUGGACUUUUUUCCUGACAUGACCAUUGGUCAACCAGGUGAUCUGGAAUGGACGUUUAGCUUUCUGGACCUCAUUCUUAUCAGCUGUAAAAUGAGGAUAGUGUUCUAGCUUUGAACUUCUCAAACUAUCUGUGGUGAAAUUAUUUUUUGCCAGUCUGUCACUGACAUUACUAGAAAAAUGAUCCUGUACUUGGAUGUCAGCUGGGUCCAACAUCCAGUAACAUUUUGGUGCUGUGCAAGUUUGUAGGCACUUGCCCUCUGUUCAUCUCAUUGAGGACAGGUGGCACUUUGUGGGCCAUCAGUGGUUUCCAGACCCCACUCUGGGUGGCCCAUUCUGGAUGACCCAUAGGAUCCACCAGCUCAUAAUGGUUCUUCCAGUCUCCAGAAGAGUGGCAUGCGAGUUUAUGGUCACAGAUUCAUAAUAAAGAGUAGGUUUAAAGGGAAAAAAUGUUUAUUUUCUGUCUUCCAGCAUUUAUUCACUUAAUUUGUUCAGUUAUUUUAUUUGUGGCUACUUUGCUCCUCCAUUCUGUGCCUUCUCUCAUUUUUUUUUUCCAAAGUGAGAAUGACAUAAUAUUUUUUCCAG